CUCGCGCUUGUUUCUCCUAACCAUCAAGAUCAUCAAGCUCAUCUACAAGUGCAAGUGCAUCUACGCAAGUGAGCUCAAGAACAUUCAGCUGGCGCUCAUAUUCAUACCGUGUAUCAAGAUGGCGCCAAUAAAGAAGCAGCAAGGUGGCGUCUCGCAAGGCGGCAGGUCUACUACCCUCAAGGCGGCAUUGAGCGGGGCCGCCGUUGCGGCUGGCGCCAUCGCUGUACUUGGAGUCGGCGCUAAGCAGUUCAUCGUAUCGAGCGAUCCCGGGACGAGGAUGCUCUCCGGCGACGGAUCCCUCUUGGCUACUGUCAGCGGUCUCUUUCGUUCCUCCGCAGCGCGUGAGGCUCUCGAAGACCUCUCGCAGCCGGCUCAUUGGGUGCGCUACUUGCCCGUCUCCACUCACCCGACCAGCAAGAACGAAGAGCCCGUCCCCCAGCCUGUCAAGCCAUUGGGCGCUGGUCCUCACGUGUACACUCAUGUGCAUCACGUCGAUCCGCGAGAUCUGGCCUACAUCCCGCCUGGCACGAAGUCGCGCAAAUUCUCUGAGGCAUUUGUGCCGCAUGACGGCGCAGGCAGACAGGCUGGCAAUGUGACUAUCCCUGCGGCUGAGCAAACACACUUCCAAGUGUACGACCGCAAGCGCGGAGACAGCCUACUGGGAGGCAAGCCAAGGAUCACCCUGCUAGCCAAGUCCCCGAACACUUCUUAUCACUUCGCGCACGAAGCACCUGUCUGGCUGCCUGGGUCGGACAGCAUCUACUGGUGUUCCAACGCAGGAGCGGGUGGGUCCGACUUGCAUCGCAACAAUGUCGUCUACAAGUUCCGGCAUAGCCUCUCCAAGACAGCUGUCCGAGCAUCGCGGGGUCAAGCAUCUUAUAAGGAGGACAUAGAGGAGGUGCCCAUCGAUUCACCCGAGGUGCAAAUGACCAACGGUGGAACAAACUACGGUCCAAACCUCCUGCUGUUCGCCAAUCAAGGACGUGGCCCCUCCAUGCCUGGCGGUCUGACCCUAGUCACCACUCCUGAAGGGGGCAAGAAGCCACGCGUCAAGACUCUAGUGAACAAUGUCCGCUCCAAGCACUUCAAUGCCCCGAACGAUGUGGUCGUUCACCCGACGACCGGUCAAAUCUUCUUCACGGACGCCCUCUACGCCCAAUUGCAGCACUUCAAGGAUAAGGCGGACCUCCCAACUAUGCUCUGGGCCUUUGACCCGCCGAGCGGACGGCUGGCCCCGCUCGAAACUAACGGGGUGGACAUGCCUAACGGGCUAUGCUUUGAUCCUGAGGGCAAGAAACUCUACGUCACGGAUACGGCUGCAGUCUUCGGUGCUCGAUAUGCCGCUCGAGCGGACGUAGCGCAUAGGGUCAUCUACGUCUUUGACGUGGUCACCGAGGAAGACGGUGACGUUACGCGCCACUUCCUGGCCAACCGCCGCGUCUUUGCACACGUUGACACGGGCAUCGCCGAUGGUAUCAAGACGGAUGACGCAGGCAAUGUCUAUGCUGGCACUGGGGAUGGCAUUGAUGUUUGGUCGAGCAAGGGCACGCAUCUCGUCAAGAUCUUUUUGCCUUGGGGAGGAGCGCCUAACUUUGUGCUUGCGGGCAAGGGGAGGAUCGUUGCCCUGAGCGACGUGCGCAUCUGGCUCAUUGAGAUGGAUGAAGAGGUGCGCGACCCUGGCCUUGCACAGCGACCUGCGAAGGCGAUGAGGGUCGCGUUUGAUGACUAGGCGCCGUCCUAGCCCGAUGCCGCAACCGCAAAGAGGCAUAGCUU